AUGCGAAUAUUAAUCCUAUUGUCAGCAUUUGUUUCUCUUUCACUUUCAGAAGUGAUUACCUGUACAGAUCAGCAGUACUGGGACCAAACACAAAAAAAAUGUAUGGAAUGCGCUGUUACUAAUCCAGCAAACAACUGCAAAACUUGUUGGGCAACUGACAAGUGCACUUCUUGCAAUGAUGGUUUUUACUUGAACGAAGACUAUAAAUGCAAGGCUCGAGACACACAGAACUGUCUUACAUAUGAUGGGUUGUACUGUAUCGAAUGUCAACAAGGAUACUACAUCUCUAACAUGCUUUGCUAUACUUGUGCCCUUACUAACUGUGCUUAUUGUACGUCUACCAAAUGCUUCAAGUGUAAAGACAAUCUUGUUCUCUAUGAAUACAUCGACACCAACGGCAAUGAAAAACAAGAGUGUGUUGACUGUACCCAAACAGCAAACGACGAGAAGUGUGGGAGAUGCCCUCUUGGAAAGUACUUUGACCCUGACACAUUCACAUGCAAAGUGUGCAGAGAAGGGUGCCAACGCUGCACAACCAAAGACAAUUGUUACCUCUGUAACACAGACACUGCUCUUAUAAACCCGGAGGAUCCCACUUCUCAGUGUGGGAAGAUAACUGGAUGUCUUGACGGAAACUAUUAUGGCAAUCACUGCGAGUUAUGUGAAGACACUUAUUUCUUGUCAUUGGGGAAGUGUGAAAAGUGUGAGACAGGAUGCAAGAGAUGCAUUGAUGCAACACAGUGUGUUGAGUGUGAGAACGGUGGGACCUUGACGAACGGGAAAUGUACUAAAGACCCCAACUGUGCGAGAUCAAGUUCUAUUAUGGGCUGCAUUGAAUGUAACGAAGGGUACUACCUUGAUGACUCUUCUGUAUGCCAAGCCUGCCCUAAACAAUGCAGAACGUGUUUGAAUAGCAACUAUUGCUUUGCUUGUGCCGAGGACUAUUACUUCACUGAUGCCACUAAUGGUGUUUGUACCGUAAAGGAUAGCAGAGUUUGUAAUGUUGUAGACCAGUACGGUUGCUUGCAAUGCAGAUAUGAUGUUACUUAUAAUGAAACUCUCGACAAAAAUGUGAAUGAAGACUUGGAGGACAAAAGUAAACUGCCUAAAAACCCUCUUCUCGGCUUUUACUUGCCAAUCAUACCAAACACAAAUCCAGUUAGAUACGAACCAACGUGCGAGGCGUGCAAUGUCACAUGCCGAAUUUGUGAAUACAACAAGAACUGGUGUACUGGUUGCAAUGAAGGGUAUGCUCUUGAAAUCAACGAAACAGCUAAGGCCGAGUACUCAAAAAUAUUUGGUGUGAGUGUUGAUAUUUUCAUGUGCAUUCCAAAGCCAGAUUCGUGUGCUGAAACGGAAAUGGGGUAUUGUAUCAAAUGUGCGGAUAAGUACUUUAUCAGUCAGGUCUCUUGCAUUAAGUGCGACGAGUCAUGCGAUACCUGCACCAAACAAACUUUCUGUCAGUCGUGCAAUACUACAACAGUCAAUGGGUCUGGAACCAAUGCCAAUUACUGGAGAAGACCAUCUGACAACAUGAAGUCCGACGAAGCUAAAGGGUUGUGUCUCAGUGUUGAACAAUCGAUUGAACAAGGGUAUGGCUUAAAUUGCAGUGGACCGAUUACACAAUCUGGUUGUUCUUCUUGUCAUAUUGGUGACUAUCUUGAUGACGGAGAGUGUAAGCAUUGCCCGAGUGAAGGGAAGGAGAGAUGUUACGAAUGCAAAUUGUCUGCGUUAGACAAUGGAACACAAGUUCCCCGUUGUACUUCAUGUCAACCCGACACGGAGUAUCUUGGAAAGGAUGAUUUCUUGUGCUAUCCCUGUUCUGGCAUUAAGAAUUGUGCUUCAUGUAGUAACAGAGGAUGUUACACAUGCAACGAGGGAUAUUCUGUAUCCGCCGAUAGAAUGGAAUGUACGAAGGUGAAUCUUGCGUUGAUCAUUCCAUUGGUCGUUGUUGGGUUGUUGUUGAUCAUCAUUGUCAUUGCCAUCAUCAUCUUCUUUGUCUGGAGACGUAAGAGAAAAACAAUGAAGGAGAGAGAAAAGGAGAUCAAGCCUUUUAAGGUGUCCAAUGCUGUCGAGAUGGCUUUGUUGUCGGCAGAUAACGCGAACUUCCCAUUGAAGACUAACAAGUGGACUUUGAAUUUUGGCCACGCCGGGUCGAAGGUUGUCAUCGAUCAGCCUUAUGAAGAAACAGUGGAAGUCUCGAACACCACGAAGAAGUCAUACUUCUUCGAAAUCAUUGCUGGUGCCAACCAUUGUUAUGACCUUACUGCAGAGCCAAUGAGAUAUACGUUGAAGCCCGGAUAUGCCAUUUCCGUCAAGUUCACCAUUAAGAUGUUGUGUACUGCUAUUGUGAGUAACGAUAUUGGUAUUGUUGCUAUGGAUAUGGACGAGGAGUUGAAAGAAACUGCGAAGUUGUCUAUUAUCAUUGAGUCGGAUUUGUCGACCAAAUUGAACCACGAAGAGCUGAAGUUGCAGAUGCCGGCUAUUGGUGAAGGUGCGUUUGGUAUGGUCUUCUGUGGUACAUACAGAGGGCAAAAAGUUGCUGUGAAGAAGAUGAAAGCGAGAAACUUGACUGAAGAACAAGAGAAGGAGUUCAAACAUGAAGUCAACAUGUUGACACAAUACCGACAUCCGUGCAUUGUGUCUUUAGUUGGUGCGGUUUAUACCGAAGGUGAAAUUUCUAUUGUUACCGAAUUUGCGGAUUACGGCUCACUGAGCAAGAUCUGGGACAAGUCACAGGUUUCACUCGAUCUUAAAGUGAAGUUCAUGGAAGACUUGGUUGUUGCUUUGGCUUUCUUGCAUGACAACAACAUCAUUCACAGAGAUAUUAAGGGCGAGAACGUCUUGGUCUAUUCACUGAAUCCACACUCCCCAGUCUGCGGUAAAUUGACGGACUUUGGUACAUGCAGAAACAUCUCCGAGAGAGCGUUGUCGACGAAAGAAUUGUCCCAAGGUAUCGGAACACCAACAUACAUGUCACCAGAGUGUUUGGCUAAUACUGCAUACACUUACUCGUCUGAUAUCUAUUCACUUGCUAUGGUCUUAUAUGAAACAUUCACAGAGAAGCAAGCUUAUCUUGAAGACGAAAGAUUCAAUCAGCCUUGGAUGAUUCCUCAGUUUGUCAUUGAAGGAAAGAGACUUGAGAAGCCAAAUGGUAUACCAGAGAACUACUGGACUUUAAUCGAACAAUGCUGGAAACAAGAACCAACGGAGAGACCAACUAUCGGCCAAGUCUACCAAACACUUGUCAGCUGGGGGAUGGAUGUCACUAACACUGAACUCGCUGGACAAUCCGCAAUGAAACAAAUGCCAGUGGAACCACAACAACCAAUGGGAACAGCACCAGUUGCAACUACCGAACCACAGGCAGACCAAGCCGAUAAGAAGUCUGUUUCAUCGAAAGAAGACUAA